AUGAAGGAGGAGGAGGAAGAGGAAGAAGAGGAGGAGGAGGAGGACGACAAUGAUGAUGAGACUGAGGAGGAUGAGGACAAAGACAAGUCUCAUGGAGCAUCUGCCCUGCUGGGCCUGAGCAUCAUACAGGGUCAAAUCAGACAGGGACAGAGAGCAAGUGAGGAGGGAAGAGGCUUUGAAAGUGCGAACAAGAGCAGGUUUAACUUUCUGAACAGUCACAAUAUACCAAACAGUGCUGGGUAUAUGGUAAGUCUCAAAAGGGACAAGUUGGGAAAGGGUUCUGGAUUCAGGAGAAAUACCUUGGUCAGGUCUUGGCAACCAGCAACCACACCCCUGGGGCAACCAGUCCCAGCUCCAUCUGUUCUCAGCAGCACCCAACCAACCAGACCUGCCACCGCACAACCGGCUACUCAGGCCUGGGCAGAUGAGCAGGCAGCACUGCAGCCAGACCAGGUCCAACAGGAUAAGAUCUGGACAGAGUCAGCUGAGGCCAAACAGAGAGGAAGGCAAAUCUGGUACCAGAACUGGAGUUUCCUUAAGGACUAUGACCAAACAGUGAAGAAAGGAGCUCAAGCUACUGCCAAACUAUAUACACCUGUGUUCUCAAGCAAAGUUCCCAAUCUGACCAAUCAAACUAUCCUCAGUCAAAUGAACAUUGAGCUUGGCAGAGCUCUGGUUAUGGAUUAUUUUUCCAGCAGUGGAGCACGAAAGAGGAAACUUGAGGGUGAGCUCCAACUUCCUAGUGUUUCAGUAACAAAGAGUCAUUCCAACACCAACAAUCUGAAUCUGGAGCGGAACGUGUCUCGGCCCCGACACCGACGGAGUUCGACAUGGGGAGGCCUCAACCAGCGGCCCGAGAGCUCCUCCCGGGCAGCGUUCGGCACCACUGGGACGGGGGUGACCGGAGUCCUGCCCCUCCCGAGGGCACCGGGGAUGCCGCCGCCGGGUCCAGCUCUGCCCUCCCCGCGCUCCGGGCGCCAUUAG